AAUACCAAAAACCACAUCACUCCCACCCACUCAUUCUCUCAAUCAUAAUACCCCCUACAACCCCCCCCCCCCCCCCCCCCCUCCCCCUCUAAAAUUCUACUUCUCUCGCUCUCUCUCCCCAAAACAUCUUUCCAUAAAUAAAAAACCAUCCUUUUCUUUUCACAAAACCCAUUACAAAAUACCACUAAAAUUUCGUACUCCCACUUCACACACACACACACACACACACACACACACUCUCUCUCUCUCUCUCUCUCUCUCUCACCCUAUCUGACCCAAUACCGACCUGACCAGUCCCAUCUCUCUCUCCUCAUCUAAUAUUCAUUCAGUUUUCUACACUCAUUUCUUGCCCUCUCCUCUCCUACUACCAUACAAAUACAUACACAUUAAUUAUAUCUCACUUAAAUAUACUCACAGUCAGUUACACAUAUAUAAAUACACACCCCCUCUCCCUCCCUCCCUCUCUCUCUCUCUCUCUCUCUCUCUCUCUCUCUCUCAGGCUGGAUUAAUUAUUCCCCAGUUCUUGAUCUUUCAGCUUGGUGCUUUCCACCUUAAUUGCUCAGAGAAUUAACUUUUUCUCUUUAUAUUUCGAGUGAAAGAAAAAAACUCCAUCUUCUCCGGCGAUCGAUCCGGCUAAGAUGUCAAUGGAAUUGACCGCCGAGCCUGUUUGUUAUGUUAACUGCAACUACUGCAACACCAUUUUGGCGGUAAAUGUUCCAUUUGGGAGCAUGUUCACUAUUGUGACUGUGAGAUGUGGGCAUUGCUCAAAUUUGCUUCCAGUCAAUAUGGGAGCUUUGCUUCAGUCUGUUCACCUCCAAGAUUUCCAGCUCCAGAAACAACAAUCCUUGGCGGCGGCCGGCAUCGACGCCGCCACCACUAGAGACAACGGCUCGUCUUCAAAUCGCAAUAGAUACGCUUCCCUUCAAGUUGACACUGAACAACCUAAGAUGGCUCCAAUACGCCCCCCGGAGAAAAGACAACGCGUUCCAUCAGCGUACAAUCGUUUCAUAAAAGAGGAGAUUCAGAGGAUAAAAGCAAGCAAUCCUGAGAUUAGCCAUCGUGAAGCCUUUAGCACAGCAGCGAAGAACUGGGCACAUUUUCCUCAUAUUCAUUUCGGAUUAAAGAUGGAAGGCAACAAACAAGCAAAGCUGGAUCAUCCAGUUGCCGGAGAAGCCACGGCUCAAAAAUCUCUUGGUUUUUAGUAAGAUUAAUUUUGCAAAAUAAGGUUAAAAGAUAUGCAUAUUUCCAUCCCAAAAAGUAUGAAGAUUUUGGCCGUUCGAUCCCUCUAUAUAUAUACUAUAAAUCAUAAGAAUUAUUUUAUAAUUCAUAAAAAUAACUCAAAAUUUGUAUGAGGGGUCCUACACCAUAUAUCUUCAACUCGAGGGUUGCAAAGAUGCAAAUUUUUAUUUUCCCUGAAAAAUAAAUUUAGUAGGAGAAUUUUCAGAGAUUUGAAGCCAAACAUGAUAAUAUAAAUAUAUGUAUAUGUCUAAGCAUCUACGUGUGAUUAUUGCCGUUGUUAACUGUUUUUGAUUUAUGUGAUUGAAUUCUUGAAUUCAUAUGUAUGUUCAUUUGUGUAUGUAUAUAGAUAUGUUUUACUUUGCAA